AACAUUCAGUGAGAGAAGUGUGCUGCGUGUUUCGACAAGGACUAGUGUACUUUGGGGACUUUUUUGGCGGGUAUUUUAUGUGGCCUCUGUAAUCGUAAAAGGUAUCGCUUGCAAAACUCCUAAGGAAAAAUAAAGAUACUUGAAAAGAUGUGUACCUAAGAAAAAUUUAAAGUGAUGAUAAUACGCAUGAGCUUUAUCAUACUCGGCUGGCAGGCUUGUUGCAGUGCAGGACGAGAGGCAAUUGAGGAAGGAGCAGGCACUGUUGAGUACAAUGCAGCUGUUACAAAUUGCAGCUACCAAGAUAACACGAGCGAUUGUUAUCCUAAGUUAGCUGACUUUUUGGAGGAGUUUACUAACCACUACACUCACAGUGAAGUUUAUUUUCUCUUACAAGAUGACGGUCCGCGCGAACUGACUGCCGCGGGUCUGAUGCUGAUGAAACGGAGUCCAGGCCGCUGUAUCCGAUUUGUUCAGACGACGAGGGAAGGUCCGCCCCCUCGCUUGCCCUCGCCGGUGUACGAUAAGCCUGUCUUCGUGACGACGGUAUCCGUUUUGCAGGAUCUCAGUCGCUCCCAAGGGUGGAGUGUGGGCGAAGACGCGAGGCAUGUGGCAUGGCUCAUCUUGUCACGUGACCUGCGACCUGUGUUGACAAAAGAUUACUACUUUCCUCUGGAUAACCUGCUUACCUUCGCCGUGUGGAAGGAGCUCUGCGACAGGAAAAUCGUAGAGCUGUGGGAGGUCUACCAGGCGGGACCAGGCCUGCCCUACCGGUCAGCCAAAGUCGGCUUCUGGACCGUCCCGGGGUCGAGGUCAGCCGAGAACGCGCUGUGUCAGGAGGACCCGGCUGACGGACCCGCCAAGAAGGACAUCUUAGGCGAUGGGGGAGAGGAAGCGGGUGCGGGAGGCGACGAAGAGGAGGAGAGGUUCUUCCCGAGUGACAACAUUGCUUCUCGAAGGAGGAAUCUGACGGGGCUACACAUUCGCUGCCUGACUGAGAGUUGGGAGCCGUUCACCCACAACACCGACCUGGACGACGGGGCGGUGCGCAUCGGAGGCUACAUGGGAGACAACUUCCAGUUUAUGAGCGACAUUCUCAACUUCACCUACACAUGCCGACACGCGCCCGACGGUUACUUCGGCGACUUCAAGAACGGUUCUUGGUCGGGCAUGGUCGGGGAGCUCAUUGCCGACCGCGGUGACGUCAUCGUGUCGGCCCUUGACAACACUUACCAGCGGUCUCAGUACAUCGACUUCUGUCUCCCUUCAGGCAGUAUAAUUUAUGUUAUGGUUAUCCGACGUCCAGAAUCCAACAUGUGGUCUAGCUUCACCCGUCAGCUGCAUCGCCACACCUGGUUCACCGUCCUGGCCUUCGUCGUCCUCUCACCCGCCCUCUACCACCUGGUCGCUACCCGGUCCCCAUGCCACGCCCCCCCGCCCUCCCUGCUGCGGUAUAGGAAGGUUCCGCCGUCCUUCUUCGAUUCCUGGUUCGCUGUCAACACGUUGUUUCUAAACCAGGGCGACCUUCAGGUAACCGGAGCAUCCAUCCGCGUGUGCCUUCUCUCGGUCGUCCUCACAGCAUGGCUAAUUAUCGUCUUCUACACCAGCGUCCUCAUGUCCUCAUUGGCUGUGCCGAUCCUCAGUCCUCCCUUCAAGGAUAUGCGUGGACUCCUCAUGGCUGGGACUCAUAUGCUCGGUCUGCAGGAGGGCAAUUCGGAGGUGGAGAGGAUGCGGACAUCCCAAGACCCUGUCCUGCAGAAGGUGUGGUCGGACAUCGUUCUGAGUGACCCAAACAACCUCGUCCCCAGCGCCAACGACGGAGUCCUCAGGGUCCUCAGCGACAGAUUCGCUUUCCUGAUGGACCUGGAGUACUUCGCCUACCACAGGGGAAGCGACUGCCGCCUCUUCCCUCUGCCUGACCACAUCUUCACCUACGGGGCGGGGAUGGCCGUUCAGAAGGACUCGCCGCUCCGGCUGGUCUUCAACGAUCAGAUCCUACAACAACAUGUGACAGGAAUCACGGACCGAAACAGGAAGAGGCACCUGCCGAGUCCACCCCUCUGUAUCCCUGACGCCCCUACGGCCUUGGGACUCAACACGCUCCUCACUUCCUUCCUCCUUCUAGCUGCUGCUAUCGUCACCGCCUUGCUCCUGCUGGUCCUCGAAGUCGUCCAUAAUCGUUGUUUCAAGCGCACAGAAGCAGCAGGGACUCCCUGUGAUACUUGAUUAACUGGUU